AUGAAGUUGGUCAAUGACCAGCAGAACAACUGGGACACGUUCCUGGAUGCCACCCUGUUCUCCUUAAGGUCCAAAGUGCACACCUCGACAAAACACACGCCGUUCCAGCUCAUGUAUGGAAGGGAGGCUGUGUUCCCCUCAGAGGUGCCUGUAGAUUUUCCUGCCAAAGAGAUCGAGUGGAGGCAGCUGUUGGCUGCUUUAAACUGUACAGCUCGUCGUUUAGGACACUCGAGGGGUCACAUUGGCUGUCAGAUGAAGUCAUUGAUGCUUAUCUUCAUGUGCUGGUGGACAAAGAAGAGAAACCUGUUUGCCAUCUCACUGCAGUGGUAG